AUGCAAUCACGUACAAUGCUCGACGGGCUGCGCGACGGACACCUGUCUCGCCUGCAAGCGCUGCAGCGGGAGCAAGGCGAGCUGCUGGAGUCGCUGAGCGACAAGGCAGCUGGCGCGGCUGCGGCGGCGGCGGAGCUGCGGGCCAGGGCCGAGGCGGCGGAGGCGAGGGCAGACAAAGAGGCGGCGGGCCGCGAGAAGGCCCGGCGGCGCGCGGCGCAGCAGGAGCGGCGUGCGGCGGCGCUGGGUGCUGAGCUGGAAGCGGAGCGGGCGGCGAGGGGCGUUGCAGAGGGCGGGGCAGCGCGCCUCGCGGGCGCGGAGCGCGAGCUGUUGGCGGCGCGGGACGCACUGCAAGCAGAGCGCGUGGCGCGCGCACGGCUGCAGUCGGAGACGGCCGUGGAGAGGGGCGAGGCGGCGGCCGACCGGGCUCAGCUGGAGCGCGCAAGGGCCGAGUGCCGCGCGCUCUCCGCGCGCGCCGACGGGCUGGAGACGGAGGGAGCAGCGGUGAGGGGGGCUCUCGCCGCGGCCGACGCGUCCGCGGCGGCGGCCGUGGCGGAGGCGGGCGGGGCGCGGGAGCAGUGUGGGCGGCUGCAGCAGGAGUUCACCAAGCUUAGGCAGGAGGCAGAGCGCGCGGCCGACGCGCAGCGCCGCCACGCGGCAGCCAGGGAGGAGCGCGCGGUCGCCGCUGGCGCGGCGCGCGCCGCCGCGCUGCAGUCAGCGCUCGACGCGUGCGGCGGGCGGCUGCGGGAAGCGGAGGCGCGCGGCGAGGCGGCGCGGGAGGCCGCGGCCGACGCCGAGGCGCGGGCUGAUGCCCUGAGAGACCGGGGGGAGGCGGUUGUCGCUGAGCUGGCGGCUCAGCAACAGGCUGCAGCGGGGCUGGCGGAGGAGGGGGAGCGGCUGGCGGCGGCGCUUGAGCAAGUCAAGGCGGCUUUGGCAAGCAAGGAGGCUGCGCUGCGUGAGGCCCAGCGCGCACACCACCAAGCCGCCGCGCAGUGGCGCGCGGAGCUCUCGGAGAGCCAGGGCACCGCCAUUCGCUGGCGCGGCAGGGCGGCAGCCAUGCAGGACGAGCUAGAGAAGGGCCAGGGCGCGGCGGCGGCGGCGCGGGCGGCGGCAGAGGAGGAGGCGGCGCGGGUGGGGAGGCGGCUUGAGGAGCGGGAGGAGGAGCUCAGGCGCGCACUGGACCGGCUGCAGUCGGUGGAGCUGCAGGCCGCCGCCACCGCCGCAAACGCCAGGGAGGCAGCCGCGCUAUCUGCACAGGAGGAGGCGGCGCGGGACGCGCAGGCGCGGCAGCAGCUGGCUCUUGCCAGGCACGUGGGGGGUGCAGACGAGGCUCGGCUGGCAGAGGCGGAUGCGGCGAGGGAAGAGGCACUUGUGGCGGCCGCGGCUGCGAGGGACGAUGCGGCAGCCAAGGGGUCUGCGGCGCAGAGGGCGCAGCUGCUGCUGGCGGGGGAGCGCGAGAGGGCAGCGGCGCACACGACCCAGCUGGGCCAGCUGACCGCGAAGCAUUCAGCUGAUUCUGACGCGCUCAGGCAGCAGGUGGUGGGGCUGCAGGCCGCGCUGCAGGCGGAGCGCGACGGGCGGCUGGAUGCGCAGGCGCAGCUGACGCGUGCCAGGCAGCAGCAGGCGGACGCAGAGGGACUGCUGGAGCAGCUGAGACUGUCUCUGUCUACGGCGGAGCAGCGCCGCGCCCGCGCCGAGGCCGGCGCGGCCGCGGCAGCCGCCGCGCUGCUGGCGUCCGAGCGUCGCCGGGGCGGCGGCGUUGGGGGGCUGCAGGGCGGCGAGCCCUGGGUGGACGGUCUGAUGGAGGGCUGCAGCGGCGGCAGCGUCGACGUGGGCUUCGUGGGGCGGCACACCGCAGGGGUGCAGAGCGACGGCGCAGCGCAGGCGCCGCCGCCUGGGCUGGGGCCGCAGGGGCCGUCGGCCGGCGGUGCCAGGCUGGCCGCGCUGCUGAUGGGGGGGCGGGAGGCGCCGGUGCUGCCGCUGCCGCAGCGGCCGUCAUCUAAGCCCUUGAUUCACUCGCUUUGA